CCACAUUUUCCUAAAAUAUAAAAAAUACUUUCAUCUUCUUAAAGAUUGACGAAUGGCUCCAUCACGUAUGUUAGACAGUGAUGGUUUAAGGAGGGAUAACGAAAGAUUUGUAUGCAGAAUUAUUGGGUUUAGAUGUCCCAAUUGUGGGAUUAUCGAUCCCCCAUGAAACAACGUUGCAGUUGUGCCAGGAAAUUGCAUUCGAUAACGUUAUUGAUCGAUGUCUCGUUCUUCGUUGAAGUUUUAUUAAAAUCAAGGAGACAAUGAAUUGUAGCAGAUGUGGUCGCAGUGGAAAUUGAAAAUGGCCCCCGUGGUACCAUUUGUCUUCCACUCCUGCGUAGGCGUGCACACACGUAUCGAGAAACCGCGAUAUCGUCGUAAGAAACCGUAAACGUGGCUAGGUUGAAAGAUUGUCCAGUAAAAGUUUCCAAGUGUUCGUUCGACGUUUCACGCUGCUCCCGAAAUCCGUCAAAACAGUGAGGAAAUUUUACGUGGAAACCGAAGAGAUGAAGCAGCGAGGGGAAGCUAGGAACAAUGGGAGACCGGUGGUGAAGGACUCCGUGCUAGAAAUGCGGACCAGAAUGGCUCGAAUGAUGUCCAUCGUCGAGAUUAGCCCGCAGAACAGACUUCCGAUGGCGGGCCAGGAUCCAAAGAUGCAGAAGGAGGCCGCGGACCAAAACUUCGACUACAUGUUCAAGUUGCUGAUCAUCGGCAACUCGUCCGUCGGCAAAACGUCCUUCCUCUUCCGUUACGCGGACGAUUCCUUCACCUCGGCCUUCGUCUCCACCGUGGGCAUCGAUUUUAAAGUGAAAACGGUCUUCAGACACGACAAAAGGGUCAAGUUACAAAUCUGGGACACGGCAGGUCAGGAGAGAUACAGAACGAUAACAACGGCCUACUACAGAGGGGCGAUGGGUUUCAUUCUAAUGUACGACAUCACAAACGAGGAAUCGUUCAAUUCGGUCCAAGACUGGGUCACGCAGAUCAAGACCUAUUCGUGCGACAACGCCCAAGUGAUCCUGGUCGGCAACAAGUGCGACAUGGACGAGGAGAGGGUCAUCAGUUUCGAAAGAGGCAAACAACUGGCGGACCAAUUAGGUGUACAGUUCUUCGAGACGUCCGCCAAAGAGAACAUUAACAUCAAGACGGUGUUCGAGCAGCUGGUGGACAUAAUAUGCGACAAGAUGAGCGAGUCCUUGGACAACGAUCCGACCUUGCUCGCGGUCGGCGUGGGUCAGGCGAAGGGUCAACGACUAACCGAUCAGCCGACCAAUCAAGCGAGCGACAACUGUAAUUGCUAAGAACGUGCAAGGCCAUUUAAUCGCGAUACCAGCUGAAUAACGAAAAAAUAAUAAGGAAGACGAAGGAGGAGAAAUAUUAGAUGAAAAACGCGUGUAUGCCUGUACAUGUGUGGACGAAUGCGUGUGCGUACCUGGCCGUGUGUGUACUCUGUCGCGUGUGUGUAACGGUAUGCGUGGAACAGAGAAAGAGAGAGCGAGAGAGAGAGAGAAAGAGGAGGAGGAGGAAGGUCGAGUGACAAUGUUGGCUCUAGUUCAUCUUGUUCGUCGUUCCUUUACCCCUGUUUUCCGGCCAUUCUUCGUUCUACUCUUUUUCUUUCCUCCUUUCUCGAUCGAUAUAUUUAUAUAUGUGCACAUAAAAUACGUAUAUGUACAGGAUGAACCGUGAAACGUGACCGAACCGGUCGUUUCUGCCAUCGGUACUUGGACCAAGGCUAACCAGAACACUGAUUUGAAACAACCACAAGAUCGUAUUACAGUAACUUUUGCUCCGGUGUCAAGAUCGAUGGAUCGGUUUGCACUCGUCCAAAUUGAUCGAUGGUAAAAACGAUCGGACCGACCAAUAUUACUCGAUUCGCCCUGUAUACAUAUAUAUAAAUAUGUAUGAUGGUUGUAGCCUGAUUACGCGGAGGUGUCAUCGAGCUGAUCCGAGUCCGAUCGCGAGCAGACGUCGUUCAUUUUCGUCGAAAGGGAAAUCUCGCACGAACCCCGUCGCGACGAAUUUUACUGCUACCAUAACGUGGAACAUCGAAUUACGCGUAGAGGAGGUUCGAAUCUGCCGCCAAGGCGCGCGGGUUCGAGCGAGGGUGCGCAGUCGGCGCUGCGCAAGCGCGGACCGUGCAGGGAGACCCCGUGGAUCCGGGGUUCACGCGACUAACGAAACAAAAUCCACAUCGCGCGUUUCUAUUCUAUAGAUUCUUCUUUUCUGCCCCGAAAAAUGAACUUUUGGAAGCGUUUCCCUUUUGAAACUGUUUUUAGACGACGUCGAUCGAUGCACAACUUUAAAUUCGAUUUUCGGAGAGUGGUUCGAUGCUCGGGCACCUGAGACGAUGUUAAUAGAAUUGUCGUGACCAUUGGAGCAGAUUGGCGUGGACGUUGAACACACAAUGGCUAGCGAACCUGGGUAACUAUGGAGAAAUUUGAAGAUUCGGACAAGUUUUCCAUCGAGGGUUUCAGUUUGCCAUUUAGGAAAAUUUAGAGUUAAGAUCUUUUAUCCUUAGAAAAUUGCAAAAUUUAGGGAAAGUGACACGUUCGUUUGAGUAAAUUUACGCAAAGUAAUUUGAUCUGAUUAAUGUCACAAACACCUGAGUGGACAAUGGUUAUUAAUCUAGCAUUUGUUACUUCCGUAUGUUACUUGCCUUCUCGUGAGCAAGCAGAACGCGUUAAAUAGCAAAAAUUCAUGUUUUCCACGUGACAAUAAGCGAACGUUUUCAAAAUACACGAAUUUGUUCCGCUCGCAAACGUUCUAUCGAUCGAGAACGUAGCAAUUGAAGUGGGCACUCGAAAAUUGACCUGAUUUAGUUUAAUUAACCUAUAAAAAUAAAUUCAUAAAUGUUAAACUUUGUUCGUUUCCAUGAAACGAGAAAUCGGGUGAAAGUUGGAUACUUUAUCGGCGAAUAAUUGACGAGUGUGUAUAGGAAAAUGUAGUUAGUCGGCGAAAACGGAAUCGAUAUCUGGCGUCAAUUAUCAGUGACGAUCAGCGUCCAUUUUGAUUACUUCAAUGGUCACGUGACGUUAUAAACCUACUAGGCAAGCUGCCCUCUGUACAUAAAGAAAUAUAUUAAAGAAAACAAAAAAUACCUAUUAUAUAUGAAUAUAUAAAUAUAUAAAUAUAUAUAUAUAUUAUUGAAUCUGUAAUGAAGUGUAAUUGUAAGCCGUUAAUUAUUCGUGUGAACUCAGAAAGAUGAAGCAGCCUGCGCCGUCGUGUAAUCGAGAAUUAAACUUGAAAAAAAAAGAAAAAACAAAGGAAACGAAUAAAGAAAAAAAAAAUGAUGAAAACGAAAUAAUCUGUCGAUCGAAGAAUUGUACGAUUGUAUCGAUCAGAUUUCAGGCGAAAAAUAAAAUUGUGCUGUUGACGUGGAGGUUAUGAU